AUGGUUAAUCUCACAGCAAGAAGACCUCCUGUAGAUCCUUCAUCAAUGAAGGCUACAGAUAUCAAUUUAUUUAAUUUCACUAGACCUCAUAUGCGAGCUCUUCAUGUUUCAUGGAUUUGCUUUCAUAUCGCUUUUACGGGCUGGCUUGCUGUUGCUCCCUUAUUUCCUACUAUUCAAAAAGACUUAAAUUUAACUGAUUCAGAAAUAGGAGAUUGUAAUAUUGCUGUCCUCUCUUCAUCGAUCAUAUUUCGUAUAUUAGCUGGACCGUUAUGCGAAAAAUAUGGCCCGAGACGUGUCAUGGCUGGUAUCCUUAUCUUAGGUGCUAUACCUACAGCUUGUGUCAGUUUGGUACAAAGUGCUAAUUCUCUGAUAGCUGCUAGAUUCUUUGUUGGUAUUCUCGGCGCGACAUUUGUAUCUUGCCAAUUCUGGACAACACAAAUGUUUAGUCCAAACACUGUAGGUGGAGCUAACGCGAUUGCAGCUGGUUGGGGUAACAUGGGUGCCGGAAUUACUUAUUUACUUAUGCCCAUAGUGUUUGAUAUAUUCAACAAAUUUUUACCUGUCAACAUCGCUUGGCGUGUCUCUAUGUUAGUCCCAGCUUUUUUAUGCAUAAUAGCUGGUAUAUUCUCUUAUUUUCUUGGCGAUGAUUGUCCUGAAGGUGACUGGUCUCGUCGUAAUCUCUUCCCCAAUGAUGGUUAUGUUCAAUUUGGAGAUAGAGAGUCAAAACAACCCAAAAUAAAACAAGAUAUGGAGACGCAAAUUCAUCGAAUUCCUACAGUAAUUCAUUACCUUCUCGUCUUUAUCAAUCCUAACGUUAUUUUAAUGAUGGUAAUGUACGCAUGUUGCUUUGGUGUGGAAGUAGCAGUAGAUAAUGUUAUCGCUAUUUUUUUAACUUCUCAAUUCGGAAUCUCUCAAACUACUGCUGGUUUAGUUGGUUCCACAUUUGGAUUAUUGAAUAUUUUUUCUCGUCUUAGUGGAGGUCUGGUUUCUGACUUUGUAAAUAGUAAAAUAGGUGUUCGUGGUCGAUUGUUAGUCCAGUUCUUGUGCUUUACUCUCCAAGGAGUUUUUUUGAUCCUUUUUAAGUUUAUGAGCGGAAGUUUUGCAUCAGCUGUUGUCUUAAUGGCAUGUUUUUCUUUGUUCACUCAGGCGUGUUGUGGCACGUCAUUUGGUAUCGUUCCUUAUCUUGAUCCUGCAGCUACGGGAAUAGUUACGGGAUUAGUAGGUGCAGGAGGUAAUGUUGGGGGUUUAAUAUUUGCAGCGAUUUUUAAAGCUUAUGCUAGUGAUCUACGAACUGGAUUCAUGAUAGUAGGAUUAUCUGUUUUAACUGUUUCGUUUAUUCCAUUUUUAAUGAAACAUAAAAAGCAAAAAACUCAAAGUAAUCAAUCAACUAUGAUCGUUACAUUGAACGUUACAUUAGAACGUCAAAUGAUGAAACGUGUCGAAGUUAUGAAAACUCAAAAUAUUUGA